AUGAUCGUCGGUGGCCGUGACAGCGUUGGAGAUCAUUCAGUCCUGGAGACAGUCGCAAAGAUAGCAACCAAGAGGCAUGCGAGGGCGGGCUCCCCCGACCAGGCCAGGCUUCAUCCGGCCCGACUCCGCGACCAACUAACCGCCUCCAGGACGCGGUGUUCGUGUCUCAAACAGUCUGUCGUCCAGGGCGCCUCUUCGUCCCGCCUCCACCUGUCCACGGGCCCUAUCUACCGGUACACUUGUCUGUCCUGUCUCCAGACUUUCAUGUCCGGCGGAGUUCAUUCGGCCCGUGUUCUGCUGCUGUUUGCCGCCAUGGUGACGGUAUUCUGCUCAUGUGCACGCCCAGUUGAACCCUCCAAUCCCUGCGCUGCCAACUUUACGUCUGAUUCUCUCUGUCGUUUUCUCUCUUUGUCUCUCUCCCUUUCUGUCGGGUGCACAUGUGCACACCAACUGAUCACGGCUCUUUAA